UUCGGGCUCGGUGGAGCUUCAGAGGGGCGCGGGCGUGCCGCGGCCCGCUUGCCCGCGUGCUACAGGCGUCAGGCACACAGACAGUGCCUUAGCAGGCGCGGCCGAGAUCGCGCGCCCGCACCGCCCGCUCCACAGACAUGCGCUGCGGCCCGAGCCGAUGACACGCGCGCGUGUGAUUCCUCCAAAUUGCCACCUUUUCCAUUCUGCUCCAGACUGCCGCCGACAUGGGCUGCACCAGGGAGGUCUGCACCGCUGACAAGAUAUUCAUAUUUAUCAACAUCGCGUUCGCUAUGUACAGCGGCGCCCUGCUGGCGACGGCGGCGCGCCUGGCGUGGGACCCCAGCACGUACUCGUGGUUCCGGUUCCUGUGCGAGGCGCAGUACCGCGUGUCGUGCGCGUACGUGCUGGCCGCCGGCCUGUGGCUCGCCGGCCUCGUGUACCUGGCCGCCGCCGCCGCGCACCGCGCCGCCACACGCUGUCUGCGCCUGUACGCAGGCGGCGUGGCGUGCCUGGCGGCGAGCGAGGUGGCGUACGGCGCGUGGAUGGCGGCGUCGCUCGCGGCGUGGUGGCGCAGCGCCCCGCAGGCCGAGCUCGCGCGCCGCGGCAUGGACCUCGUGCACGACCUCAAGCCCGCGCUCCUCGCCGUCGAACGGUACCGGGACUUCGCGCAACCCGUAUACCACAUGAUCGAGGAGGUGGAGCGUGAGGCGCCUAACAACGUAUACGUGAUCGUGUUGUUCGGAUUCGUGGGCGCCGUGCUGCAGGUGGCCGCUUUUGUGAUGGCGUGUCGGCUGGCACGGCGGGGCAGCGCGGGGGUGCCGACGAUGCUGAAGCCGGGUGCGGGCGCGGGCGCGGGCGCGGGCGCGGAGUGCGCAUGCGCGUGCGAGGGCAAGGAGAGCGCGCAGAAGCUGCGCGGCGUGGAGGUGCGCGCGUGCGACGACGACAGCGACGCGGGCGCCGACCCGCCGCCGCCCGGGUGGAGGAAGCGCGCCAACAUCGGCAUGUACACAAUACUCGACAAGAUUUUCUAGCAGGACGCAGAAGCGGCAGCCGCAGGUGUCGUCCCGCCGUCCCGUCGUCGGACGCGGACGCGGCGCCGCGCGCGCCCCCCGCGCCGCCCCGCACCUCACCUGCCUCCCUCACCACCCUCCCCACCCUCCCCACCCUCCCCGCCGCCGCUGCCCCGCCGCGACGCCCACUGGGACGCGGUCAACGCCCAGCUCCGCGCCGCGAGAUCCUCGCUCUCCCUACAUUCAUCCAGUAGCGUGCCCCACUUGUCCCACGUGCCCCACGCGUUCCCCACGCCCCGCUCGUCGCGGCGGCCCCGCGUGCCCCGCGCCCCCACCCCCACGGCGCCCCCCGCCCCCGCCCCCACCCUGCUGAUCUUGCACGCCGACAUCUAACCGCAGCAUCGUAUCGCAUCUUCUUUGCUUCUUAGUCCUGGAAGAACGGCCAGCAUCGAUACCCGGCCACCUAUCGCCGGAAACGAAUGAGCCGACCGAAGCGUGACGGCUGAGAUAUUUCUGGAUAUCUUUGGAAGACAUGACAGACGACACUUCAUGAAAUUAUGUAGAUUAGACGAAUAAUAAUUAACUACACUCAUGCAAAUUAUUUUCACACUCCAGAAUAUUGUUGACUUAAACUGAAACCGAAACGAUAAGAUCUCUAAGAUGCCUGAGAAAAACUCUUACGCUAACCGAAAGAUUGUAUCGAUAGCCCUGUCCAAUCUAAGAAUUAAAGGACACCCGGCAUUUUGUGCCAAAGUUGUAUACUUUUUUAAUUUUUUCAUCUUUGUUUCAUAAUAGGCUAGUUGACCCUUUUUGGAAAAAGGUUUUAAAUGGUAAAUAAAUGUUCUAUUAGACCGAAAAAAAAUGUAUUGUAUUUUUUUCAGACCUAGAAAGCUACAAAUCUUUAAUUUUAAAAUAGAAUUUUCAUGGACAUACAAAAACGCUGUCGGCCAUUUUAGUCUAUAGAUUGUCUAUGCUAUGAUGUCAAUUAUAGUAAACAAAAACUCGUAAGCACGUAGAAAAUAACUUAUCCGAGUUUAUGAUAAAAAGAACACGAUUUCUAAUAAAUACCACGAAAAAUAAAGUAAUUAUCAUUAUUGUAUUGUACGAGUAUAUAAAAACACAUCCUUGAAGACUCCAGGAAUGUUAUGGAUUAAAGUGCCGAAAGAAAUUAACCUACGCAACUUUAUUACACUUAUUCAUAUGUUGUAUCAGUUUUAUGUUUAUUACUACAUUGUAAUACUAAAUGCACUGUACUUACAUAGAUGCCUUGUCGUUUCUCUGCUCCGCAGAGCAAAAAUGGGGAUUUAGUGCAAAAAAUUCACCAACCAUCAAUGCGUCAAUUCUUGGCAGAUUUGUGCUUUCUGCUUUCACAAAGCCGGCAUCCAUAAUUAGUUUUGUCAAAAAAAAAAAGUAAACGGAAACUUUUCUAAAGUUAAAAGUGUUUUAAGAUAAAUUUAUUCAGACUAAAGAAUCCACCCACAAUAACACGCGAAUGACAUUUAGUUGUUUACUGAAAGAGACGUCACAAUCAUGGCGGAUGUGGCGAACAGCGUUUUUAGUGUUUAAAAAAUAUAGACUAAAAAAUAUUUUUUUAAAUUAAAUUUCUACAGCAAUCUUCUGCUUUUAUGAAGUGAAAUCGAUAUAUUUAGGUUCCUUAGACCAAAUACUGUAAGAAAUAAACAUUUAUUUAAUACAAUUCGAUAUGAGUCAACUAGCCUAUUGGGUAAGGUAGUUUGGCAAUAUUUGUCAUCAGCAGCUAGCUGUCAAUGUCAAAUACGUAUGUUUGUCAUCAAAAGGGUUUCUAUAUCAAAAAAUAUUAAUCAUUAAAUAACUUCUUUCCACGAUUCACUAAAAAUAAUGCAAAAGUAGUUUUAUGUAGCAAAUAAUUUUGGCUUUAUUUUGAGACCAAAUUCAACUGUAUACAAGUUUAGCAUUUUUUCUAUGAAAAGUGCCGGGUCUCCUUUAUAAAAAUGUAGUCUUGCGAUAAUACUGUGUGCCAUGAUCCUACCCGGACCCCAAGCACCAACAGCGAGAAAGUAUUUCGUAUCGUCACGUCGGAGUUUCUAUGGAAAAAGUUUGUUUGUUCUUGCGUCCGGUAGGCGACUGGAGGCGCUUCUUAGUUUUACAUAAAACCUUUGAUUGUAAGCUUUUGCAGUUGUAAAAUUACCACAAAGCUUAAGAGAAAAGUAACAACGCCAGAGUGCAAGUUAUGGAAUUAUAUUAUAUAUUAUAAUGCGUAUGAUGGCCUCCUCACAUCAGAUGAAACGAGUGAUUGAAUAAUUUAGAUAAAUAAGUGAAUUUGAAAUUAUGAAGCGCUUUUUUGGUCGUUGCCAUUCUAAAUAAUAUCGAGUGACUGAGAUUGCGUUCCGACAUUCCAACGAUCUUGAAUACUUAUGUUUUUACAAUUAUUAUUGUUCAACGUCUCGUAGGUACUUAUAUUUAACUUAGUUAUUUCAUAUUAACAUUGUGAUCCAUUUAUUUUUUAAACAAUUGUCUUUUGUAUCGUAACUGACAGAGGCGUCUAUUUCUCUUCCUUAAUAUGCGACGACUCUAUGAAAUAUUUAUUUUGAUAACGAAAUCAGACUGCCAUAUUAUUAGUAAGUACCUAGUAGUUAAUGUUUUAGUGAAUAAUUGUUUAAAUUUGAACCUAGUGAUAUAAUUAUAGUGGAGUAAGUAGAUUGUUAUUGGAUGCUCAUAUCAAUACGUCUUCACUUGCGAACGAACAAUACCUAUUAUACUGCGUAUCUAUUAAUUAUAGUUGUAUGUACGUUAUACCCACAUAGAAGUUGUUAUAUCAGUGUUAAAGACGUGUUAUAUUAUAAAAUUAUAAUGUAAAAUGUAACUGGUCUGUAGGUGCAGGUGUAGCACCUCCCCUACGUAAUGUCACGUAUUCUGACGUGUUUUUAUAAGUUGUGGUAUUAACGUAUGGAGUCCUCUUGCCUUGUAGCGGGAGUCUGAGAGAGACCUAUGGUGCUAUUCUUCGACAACCACUUAGAGCUGCGUUCGACUGAUGUGAUUACAUUUAGCUGUGAUUUGAUUUAAAAAGUACGCACGCUAUCGCGAACGUUUUCUAGUGAUGCAACGAAUACCAGGUAUUUACGACUACGUAUUUCGGAACAGUCAGUGAAUACGAACGUUUGAUACUUAGUCAAUACACACUGUAAUUAACUUAAAAAGCCAACUUCCGGCUCAUGCUGUAUUAUGUAAAACCUUUGAACAGGUCACCGAGAGAUGCCUAUGACCGUUGUGUGUAAAAACAUUACGGAUUGUAAUUUGUCGAAUAUUUUCAUCUUUAAUGAAAAUUUUGUGGCGAAUUCGCUCGUUGGUAUUCAUUGCAUUGCUAGUUGGUACUUUCACUUUGUCACGAUUCCAAACUGUGAUCAGUUUAAGGCAUAACUAAACUGAGAUUCGAAGUGGGAACUUGACUAAGUGACAGUGUUCUGCGUAGAGAAGUGUCGUACGCUCCGCCCUCACUUCCAGUAAGGUUGUUUCGCUGUCAUAGGUGCCAAAUAGGUUGUAAGUUGGCUCGCCGCGUCGGCCAUCAGCGCUACGCACAACCCAAUACUUGCCAUUUUUUUUAAACGAAUCAGAUGUUUAGUUCUGUGUGUGCCACGUAAUUUUGCUGGACAAAGGCAGAACGACAUUUCCCUUGUGAUACAUUUUCGUAAUUAUAGUAAAUUGUGAUAGUGUGACGUUAUUUUAAGUAUUCUGCCUGCGUCCCGUGAGUCGUGCGUGAGUGAAUGAGGGUGUCGAUCGAGUAUUCGAGUUAGACAAUAAACGCACACGCGCUGUUGCCGCGCGGCACCCGCAUACUGUACACGAGUACACGACACAUAACUAUGUACUAGUUUGUAAGUUAAAAAGCAAUAAAAUUUUAUUUUUUCA